AAGCGAUUAUAGCAUUUAUUUGCAUCACUCUGUUCUCUCUUUUUUCUCUCUGAACCCAAUGGAUUCUCUUGCUCUUUUCUGUACUGGGGCUCUGCUUGCCGGUGGACUCUUCUGGUUCGUUUGCAUUCUGGGUCCUGCCGAACAGAAGGGCAAACGAGCCGUAGAUCUAUCGGGUGGCUCAAUCUCAGCUGAGAAAGUUCAAGAUAAUUACAAGCAAUACUGGUCAUUCUUCCGCCGCCCCAAAGAGAUUGAAACUGCCGAGAAAGUUCCAGACUUCGUCGACACAUUUUACAAUCUGGUCACCGACAUAUACGAGUGGGGUUGGGGCCAGUCCUUCCACUUUUCCCCUUCCAUCCCCGGCAAGUCCCACCGCGAUGCUACGCGCAUUCACGAGGAGAUGGCAGUCGAUCUCAUCGACGUUAAACCGGGGGAUCGAAUUCUGGACGUCGGGUGUGGCGUCGGAGGGCCCAUGCGUGCCAUCGCCUCCCAUUCGCGCGCCAAAGUCGUGGGCAUAACGAUUAACGAGUACCAAGUGAAUCGCGCGCGUUUGCAUAACAAGAAGGCAGGCCUUGAAGACCUCUGCGAAGUGGUGUGCGGUAACUUCCUCGGGAUGCCAUUCCAGGACAACAGCUUCGACGGCGCGUACUCGAUCGAAGCGACCUGUCACGCGCCGAAGCUAGAGGAGGUGUACGCCGAGAUCUUUAGGGUUCUGAAGCCUGGAUCUCUCUACGUAUCGUACGAGUGGGUCACGACGGAGAAGUACAGCGCCGAUAACCCCGAGCACGUGGAUAUCAUCCAAGGGAUCGAGAGAGGGGAUGCCUUGCCUGGGCUCAGAAACUACAAGGACAUAGCCGAGACGGCGAGAAAGGUAGGGUUCGAGAUCGUGAAGGAACGAGAUCUGGCUAAGCCCCCGGCCCAGCCGUGGUGGACGAGGUUGAAGAUGGGGAGAAUCGCCUACUGGAGGAAUCACAUUCUCGUCACCAUACUCUCGGCCCUGGGGAUAGCGCCCAAAGGGACGGUCGAUGUGCACGAGAUGCUGUUCGUGACGGCCGACCACUUGACCCGAGGUGGCGAGACCGGUAUUUUCACUCCGAUGCACAUGAUCCUCUGCAGAAAGCCCGAGUAAUCAAUGGUCGCUGAGGUAACCACCUCAUACUUCCUUCCUGUGCUACCCCCUUGUUCCAACCGCCUGUUACUUCUAGUUUUGCUUAGUUUUUUCCUAAUUUUUCCUUUAAUUUCAAUUUUCUUUUAUCUUUGUAUCUUUGUUUUGGGAAUUUAAGCCAGUGGUUGGAUCUUGGUCUCAGAAUUUUAAUCUUUCAGUUGUUUGAAAGAAAUUUGAAUUUUAUAA